ACUGACAACCGCCUAGAUGUCAGUUGUAAACGGCGUUCGUGUGUGUUGGUGAUUCCCUCACCUUCAACUGCUUUGUGUAGAUGUGCGUGCUGCUGCUGCUGCUGUAUAGAAGAUAGAAGUUCACUUAUUUUAUUUGGAUUACAACAGUCCGAACCAACAUUGGCGAGGAGCGUACGGAAAGAAAUCAUCAUCUUGAGUCUGAUAAGAAGCGGCCCGGUCGUUAUUCCUCUACGUUCACAGGCAGCCUAAACGCAAAGCGUAGAUUGUGAAGCACCACGCUUAGAGCGAUAGUAGCGACAGUGAGGAACAUUUUCCGUCGCGAUUGACCGUGAUUAGGAAGCAGCACAAGCGGAGUGUUGCGCAGUGCAUUAGGAGUGCAUCAGUUGCUGCUCGCAUAAACAGUUCGGGUGAAGUUACAGCUAGGCCAAAAUGCAUUUGCUACGGAACGCCACCAUUUGCCUGCUGCUGGGAUUAGCGAUGUGCAAUGCACAAUCGGAGCUACCACCGUCCACGGAACCAGCUGAAAAGACAACCAAAUCUGUGACAACUCCUCCGGUACCGACUACUAAUACGACGACCACCUCUACCCCUGCUACUACGACGACGACGACGACUACUACAACAACCACCACCCCAAAACCGACCACAACCACCGCCGCUCCCACUACAUCGACGGAACCGGCCCCAUCCACAACGACCGUUGCCCCGAGCCCGAAACCCGUACCGGAACCGGAUAUGGGCACCUGGAGCUUCAAGGACACGACUAAAAACCAAACCUGUGUCAUUGCACAGAUGGCCAUGCAGUUCAACCUGAGCUACAUCGAUGCGAACGACAAACCGGUGAACGUGCUGUACAAUCUGCCGAAGGAUGCGAUCGUAAAGUCUGGCGAAUGUGCGAACUUUACCGACUAUAUCGAGCUUAGCUGGGCGAUGGACAAGCAGAGCAACAACUACAGUUCGCUGCGGCUUCACUUCGCGCUGAACGGAACCGAGCACGAGUUCGCUUUCGCUGGUUUGGAGUUGCAGCUGCCCGUGGUUGGCGAUGCAUUCCCGAAUGCCAAACCGCUGCAGCAGCUUGAGCUGAGCAACAACCAGACACUGUUUAAAACUCCGGUGGACAUGUCGUACCACUGCAAUAAGGCGCAGAUGCUGAAUCUGACGUCCAGCGCGACCGGACUCGCUGUCCCAACCGUGACCAUCACCAAGCUCCAGCUGGAAGCGUUCCAUCGGAAGAUCGAUGGCAAAUUUUCGAUCGCCAAGGAUUGCGAGGCUAUCGAUACGCCGGACAUUGUACCGAUCGCGGUCGGUUGUGCCCUGGUAACGUUGAUCAUUAUCAUGCUGAUUGCCUACCUAGUCGGACGCAACACCGCUAACAAUAAUGGCUAUCUGAGCAUGUAAGCGGUGCUCGCGUAAGCGUAUUACCUUACCCUCCCCACCCCCUAUUUCCAGGAUCGGUUCCAUAGCAAAACUAACAAAAACCAAACGAUAAACCGUAAACGAGACAAGUACCGUUUUUCUGCAAAUUGGGAGCGAGGGACCCUUUCUUUUCCUUUUGCUUUAGUUACAAUCUAUCAUCCUGCUACAAUCUCAGCUGGAUUUCUGUUCUUUUCGUUUUGAGCGGCUUGUCUGUGGUAAUGUGGUGGCAUAACUUUCUACUUGAGGUUUGCGAGGUGAACCAACGUGAUAAAAAGGCCAAUUGUGAAACAUCCGCAAACCUGCUGCUGCUGGUUUACGUCUGUUAAGUUAUUGGUGGUCUGUGGUUCUCGGAAUCGAUUCGAUGUUCCAAACCGUACCCGAAGCAACGGGCGACAGCAAACCUAUUUGUCCGUGCGUGCGUGCGUGCGUGUGUGUACCCACUAGAAAUGAUAAAAAGUGAAUUAUUUUCAAUAACGGAAAUGUGUGGCAUUUUGCUGAAAGUUAUCCGUCGACUGGCUGAAUAUGAAACUAGGAUGAUAAAAUAAAAACAACAACAACAAACAAAAAAAAAACAGUACAACAGAAUGGCAUACACUUGCAAACCGUUUUGCAGCAAGUGCAUUGGAACGAUGGCGAUGAUGCACUCGGUGCAUCCGGAAGACGAAACAAAUGUAAAAAAAAACAAGCAAGCGAAACAAUACAUCCAAAAAUUAUUGCAACACAAUUCACGUCAAAUUUCGCCUAUUACAAGUAUAGUAGAGUAAUUUUUACUGAAACAAUAAAUCGUAUUGAAACGAAUCGGUUGACGAAUCGGA